AGCCGUUCUUGGCUCAAGUCAGCAGGCCCCGAGUCCGCAGUCACCCGUGCCGUUGUCACGACCAUGGCCGCCGCCGAUGAAAUUGCUACCGUGUCUCCGACAAUCACAACUGCGGGGAGUCUGCCAGACUGGUUCCCUCACUCCACCGUGGCGCAGAAAUUUCCUGGCUUCGAGCUCGCCGAUAGAGAGGCGUCGGAAGGCCGAGGCUUCUACUCAGUUAGCAGGGGCGAAGCUACCUCGCAAGUAGAGGGUCGGAUGAUUGUGGCGCCAUACUUGGAGGAUCGCGACGCUGCCAGUGUACUCGCGCUGGCGAAGCGAUGCAACGACGGGCAGGCUUUCGUAUGGGAAGAGGACUGGACGGACGAGCGGUUGCUCGACUACUGGCGCCCAGCCAAGGACCCGCGUGAUCAGAGCCCAGGAGCCACAGGUAAUUACACAGGGGUCUUGUACUUCGUCCCCAAGGUCCAGCUUACGAGUGACCCGGUACUCGUGAAUCCUGAACUCCAAGCUUCCUUCGCGGGUGUUUACGUGUUCCACCGCAACCACCCCGGGCGCGGCAGUCACAUCGCCAACGCGAGCUACAUGGCCAAGUCCUCGAGGAGGCACACGUUUGCUCACGGCGAGGGCGGGGAUCCAGACGCCACAUUCGGUGGGAACGGUCUGGGCGUGUUGUUGUCGAAUCUGUCGCUGGCCCACGCGCGCAGAGAGGGCUUUCGGGGGAUGCAAUUUAACAUCGUCGUGGCAACGAACCAGAACGCUGUCAAAGCUUGGACAGACGCGGGGUUCGAGAAAAUCGGGAGGCUGCCGAAGGUGUACCGCAGGAGUGUAAAAGCCAGCGCAGUCGAUUCCGCUAACGAAGCUGAGGAUUUCGUCGACGCGUGGGUCUUCUUCAAGGAGCUGUAGUUAGCUGGGGCAUGUACCCGGCUUGACAUGUUCCGGGCUAAUAGAUAGAAGCCCGAAUGACACAAGUCACAUACACGUACCCAUGAAUGGUAUAAUUUCUUUCUGGGGUUGUCCGUUUUCUCAUCCGUUGCCGCUUCACCGCAACUUGCCAGAGGCUGUCUGAUCGUGACUUCUUCGCAAACGCGUAGACGGUGGCGGACGUUAGGGCGCAUGCACGCGGCGCACUGCUCCAGCUCCGCUGUCGCCUGUUUGUUGUUGUCAUGUGUUCUUCCCCUCAUACCUUCCGAAAAAACGAUAGCGUUGAGAUGUAUUCAUACAUACAUCUAUAUGAUGCGUUCCAAAAAGGACCUUGCUUUCAAGGAACCAAGGAGUUGC